AUGGGGCUCGUUAAAUUUGUUUAUUUGUUUUGGUUAAGUUAUUAUAAUUUUGUGGUUUUUGCUGAGGAUACCAAUAUCCUUUGUAAUGCGACGGUUAACGAGCGAUUGGAAUAUAAAUUUGAUUCAGAUAUUGUCAACACCGAACAUAUAAUUACAUUCAAAGGAUAUUAUUCCAAAACUACCCGAGAAAACUAUGUGAAUGCUGCACUGAAAAAUGCCCAGGUAUCCAAUUGGACCAUACUGCAGCGUAAUAAUCCCGCUAUGGAAUAUCCUAGCGACUUUGACGUCAUUGUGUUCGGGGAGAAGAUAAGGGAGGGGAUCGAUGCUUUGCGUGACCACCCAGCGGUUCGCCGGGUAACUGCGCAGCGGCAGGUGCAACGGACAAUAAAAUACGUGCGCGAGGAUGACUGUGGGCCGUCUGGUUGUAUGUACUCUGGAUGGAGGAAUCAUCGCCGUUCCAGGGUUCUUCAUUCUUUACGUAAAACUAGAGAUAAUGGAGGCUACACCUCUAGAAAACUUCUCCGUACGGUACCUCGUCAAAUAACAUCUGUUCUGAAAGCUGAUCUGCUGUGGUCUUUGGGAGUGACCGGUGAGGGCAUCAAAGUGGCGGUAUUCGAUACUGGUCUAGCGCGACACCACCCUCACUUCGGUCGUGUUAGGGAGCGCACAGACUGGACCGGCGAGAACACACUGGACGAUGCUUUAGGCCACGGAACCUUCGUAGCUGGUGUGAUAGCAUCGCGUUCAGAUUGCCUCGGCUUCGCUCCAGACGCUGAUCUACACAUCUUCAGAGUUUUUACAGACAAUCAGGUGUCAUAUACUUCGUGGUUCCUGGAUGCGUUUAACUACGCGAUAAUGCGUAAGAUUGAUGUCUUGAACCUAAGUAUUGGCGGUCCGGAUUUUAUGGACCAUCCGUUUGUGGAUAAAGUAUGGGAACUUAGCGCUAACAAGGUUAUAAUGGUUUCUGCUAUCGGCAAUGAUGGUCCAUUAUACGGAACUCUAAACAAUCCGGCGGAUCAGAUGGAUGUUAUUGGAGUGGGAGGCAUCGGGUUUGAUGAUCGCAUCGCAAAGUUCUCGUCUAGAGGAAUGACGACUUGGGAAUUACCUUAUGGUUACGGUAGAAUGAAACCAGACAUCGUGACCUACGGCAGCGGUGUUCGUGGUUCAAGCGUUAAUGGCGGCUGUAGAUCACUCAGUGGUACGUCCGUAGCUUCCCCAGUGGUCGCUGGUGCUAUAGCACUCCUCGCUAGUGGUGUUCCUCGUCAGAAUUUAACACCAGCUGCUGUGAAGCAAGCUUUGUGUAUAACAGCACGCCGUUUGCCCGGUUAUAAUAUGUUUGAACAGGGACACGGGAAACUAGACCUUAUUAGCGCGUAUCAGUUUCUUCGCGAGUACGAGCCACAAGCGACUUUAAGCCCAUCAUACAUUGACCUGACUGAAUGUCAGUACAUGUGGCCGUAUUGCACUCAGCCGCUGUACUAUAGUGCUCAACCCACCAUCGCAAACGUCACUGUUAUCAACGGGCUCGGCGUGGUGGGUGAAGUGAAAAAGGUCAGCUGGCACCCACAUUUGCCUCACGGUACAAUACUGGCUGUUGGAGCGGAUUACAACGAAGUGCUUUGGCCCUGGUCCGGAUGGUUAGCUCUUAGUUUCACAGUUUUGGAAGCGGGCGCUAACUUCGACGGCGUUGUUGAAGGUCACAUGAACAUUACGAUUGAAAGUUACGACGAGGUCAACGACCGUAUCAUGAAGAAUACUACCCUCAUGCUUCCGAUACGUGCCCGCGUUAUCCCGGUGCCAGUGCGAGGUCGUCGUCUAUUGUGGGAUCAGUUCCAUAGUCUUCGUUAUCCCGGAGGUUAUUUCCCGAGGGAUGACCUUCGCGCCAAACACGACCCACUCGAUUGGCACGCCGAUCACGUGCACACCAAUUUCAGAGACAUGUAUAGAAGAUUGAGGGAGCAUGGAUUUUAUGUGGAGGUUAUGGGUAAUCCCCUAACUUGUAUCGAUACUUCACUGUACGGAGCGUUGCUGCUCGUUGAUCCCGAGGACGAAUACUUCCCCGAAGAAAUGGCGACUUUGAAGAGGGCAGUAGACUCUGGACUUUCACUGAUUGUUUUUGCGGAUUGGUACAAUGCUUCACUGUUGAGACAUGUCAAAUUCUAUGAUGAAAAUACACGACAAUGGUGGAUACCAGAAACUGGUGGUACAAAUGUUCCAGCGCUAAACGAUUUAUUAAGCAUGUUUCAAGUGGCGUUUGGUGAUCGCGUGUUUGAGGGGUCGUUCAAGUUGGCCGGCCAUCCAAUGUACUACGCUAGCGGCACACAUAUACAUAGCUUUCCAGAACAUGGUGUAUUGGUGUCAGCGAAGCUAUCGGAUCAGGGACAGCAGAUAAUGUCAGGCGAGAAAUCUGGAGGGGCUCAGACUCGUAAGACGGUGGAAGUGCCGAUAUUGGGUUUGCUUCAGACUGACCCAGAAACACGUGACUACAGCAACGAUACUAAUGAAAAGCUACCUAAGGCUGGGCGAUUGGUUGUUUAUGGAGACUCUUCCUGCCUGGAAGGUGGAGCGGCCAGACCCUGUCACUGGUUACUUCUGGCAGCUCUGCAGUACGCAUUGGUUGGACAUAUGCCUUCAUCGCUUUUGGACGCAACGACAUCUACUCAACACAGAGACGUUAACAUAAUACCAUCAGAUCUCCCGAAGCGUGCUGAAGGCGGUCGUCUCCACGCGUACUCUCGAGUUUUGUCACCAGAUGGCAGUGGGCCCAGGCCUUUACCAGAUUGUGUGGUCACAGGCCCAAUGGACCCUGAACCAGUACACGCUCCGCCAUCUGCUAGGACCCUCGCACCACGACACAAACCCACCGACCCAAAGAGUAUUGGCGCACCUGAUAUCGAAGGCACCGAAGCAGCGCCCCGUGCGUGGCGUGGAGCCGUGGCCGCAGCUCACAGCAUUGAGGACGAUCCGAUACAAACUUCAUUCAUCAGCCGAGUGAUAUCUAUAUGCUCCGUAUUCGUCAUAAUAUAUUGCAUCGCUGUAUUCUGGAAACGAUGUGCCCGUAUCAUUAAGAGACGUAGACUUGUUUCAUUGGCCACCUAG